AAUAAUUUAUUCACGUAGAUGUAUUUACAGAACCAAACCCUCAGACCGGAACGACAGCAUCCAGUCAGGGUUUACCUCAAAAUGCCUUUGCGACUUUCGUGUUGCCCUUACGGUAAAACAUGGCACUCGUGCGCUGGUGUUAGCUAGAAGGUUCUGGCAACUUCUUGUGCUUGAACUUAUUAGAGGAGGCAGCCCUCCGGACUACUAGAACCAUUCCACGGGCAAGUGUCGUGUUUAUAACAUUUUAAAGUCAAAAUCAAGAUGGCAGAAGGAAGGCAGAACAGGAGAUAUCCUCAGAAUCUUCAGGGGGUUCUACAGUUGGCCAUUGACGCUGGCUCUGUUGCAGAGGAACCUGUUGCCGUUGAAGCCAUGUCACAAGAGAGGAGUUCUUGGCUCAGGGAGGCUCUUGCCGACGUCUGCAAAGGCCAGAUGGACGAAGUGGAGCAGAUGAAGCAGUGCUUGGCUGUCCUGAACCAGGAGGAAGUGAAAGGAGAGGAGGACAGGAAUGAGGACGAAGAGGAUGAGCGGGAAUCCGCCUUUGAGGUGCUGUCAGAACUGUGUGAGAACCUCGACAACGCCAGAGAUCUGAUGGUUCUGGGAGGGCUGGACGUGUGCGUCUCCAAGUAUUUGGGUCACGCCCAAAGUGGACUGAGGUGGCGCGCCGCUCAGCUCAUUGCUUCCUGUGCUCAGAACAUGCCGCAAGUGCAGGCCCACCUGCUGAAGAUCAGCGCUUUACCCAAACUUCUCCAGCUGACAGACUCGGACCCCCACCCCACAGUCCGAGUGAAAGGCCUUCAUGCGGUCUCAUGUCUGGUGCGAGAGCAGGAGGCGGGGUUGGAGGCGUUUCUGUCCCACGAUGGCUUCUCAGUGCUGAUGAGAGGCAUGCAGUCUGCCAACCACAAGCUGCAGACCAAGUCGGCUUUCCUUCUCCUUAACCUUCUCACGUCACAUCCUGAGCAUAAAGACACGGUGAUCUCCAUGGGGAUGGUCCAGCAGCUGGUCUCGGUGCUGCGUGCUCCACACUCGCCUUUUCAUGAGCACGUGCUUGGCGCCCUUUGUUGCCUCGUGGAAGACUGUGAGAAAGGGUUAAAAGACUGCAGGGAUCCAUCUCUCAAUCUUGAAGACUUACUGCAACUGCGAGCCAGGGAGCUCCAAGGCAAAGAUGAAAGUCAGGAAGAACUGGAAUUCUGUGAGCGCCUGAGGACGGCUUGUUUCCGUGGACACCAGUCAGACGAUCAUGGAAUGGACCGCUGACCUGUGACGUGUUUUUAAUACUUUGAUUUUGGUGCGUUAAUAUUUAACACGGACAUUCACGAUCAGGAUUUUAUCACGGAAGCUUUUGUUGGUUUCACAAGUCAAAGCUCAUUUCUGCAUGUAAUUAAGGACACUAUCUCUUCUGUAAAUGAGGACUUCAAUCAAUAUCUUUUAUAAAAUGCUAGAAUUUCAGUCGUGCGUAAAAACAAGGCUCACACAUAUGGAUGUGGUAAAUGUUCUUUUGUUUAUUAAGAAAACAAACAGUAGUCCUUUUACUCAUAUGAUCAGUUCUUAGGACAUCUCACACAAAUACUGUCUGCAUUUUACAAUAAGUCACUGACAGAACACAACUAUUCCAAAAUAACUGAUCAGUCAAGGUUUUUCCCAAAAACAGGAAAUAUUAAAAUAUACACACAUUUCAA